AUGGACACCGCCGUACACAAUAAAUCUUCUCAUUAUGCCGAGGACUCCAAGGAUCAAGAGGAACUAUCCUCGCAGUUUGAUAACACAGUUUCAUUGGUUAGGAAUUAUUCAAAGCGAGAAGGGUGGUCAGGUAUUUUGAACCCCACGGGAGAGACCAAAGAACGGUUCGACUUUUGGGGACCCGCCUAUAAUCUCCUCUCAUCCUCCACGAUGAAAGAAUCUGUAGCACGAUCACAGCCACAGGCAGAGAAACCGCAGUACGAAAACCAACCAGUCGGCAAUAAGUAG